AUGAAACUGGUGGUUCUAUUCAUGUUGGUCACCAUCCCCAUUUGCUGUUAUGCCAGUGGUUCUGGCUGCAGUAUUCUAGAUAAAAUUGUCAACAGUACAAUUGACUCAUCUGUGUCUGAGAGUGAUUAUCUGGAAUUGGUUAAGCCAUAUGUACACGAACCUUUCACUGAAAACUCUGUGAAGAAAUUCAAACAAUGUUUUCUAUCCCAGGACCAGGAGACUCUGGACAAUGUUGAUGUGAUGACGAAUGCAAUAUAUGACAGUGAAGACUGUCCAGAGUCAUCGUAA